UUUCCCAUAGUUUGUACCUAUUUUUACUCCAUCACAACAGUCCAAUCAUUGUUAACGGAUACAGACAGGUGUCAACGAUUGUCAGCGGUCUGGAAAAAUAGUAAAUAAAUCAGCAAAAUGGCGGCUCGUAAUUUGGCAAAGCUCGCCCAUGAGGACCGGGAGGGAAAGUUCGGAUAUGUUUACGCAGUAUCCGGGCCUGUCGUUACAGCAGAGAGAAUGUCUGGGUCGGCUAUGUACGAGUUGGUUCGUGUAGGAUACUACGAACUAGUGGGAGAGAUCAUUCGUCUGGAGGGAGACAUGGCAACGAUUCAGGUGUACGAGGAGACUAGUGGAGUCACAGUGGGUGAUCCUGUCCUCCGAACGGGAAAGCCACUGUCCGUCGAGCUCGGCCCAGGUAUCCUGGGGAGCAUUUUCGACGGUAUUCAGCGUCCUCUCAAGGACAUCAACGAGCUCACCAACUCGAUUUACAUUCCUAGGGGAGUCAAUAUACCCGCCCUGUCCCGUACAAUUGCUUGGGAGUUUAAUCCAUUGAAUAUUAAGAAUGGAAGCCACAUUACUGGAGGUGAUCUCUACGGUAUUGUUCACGAGAACACUCUUGUUAAACACAAAAUGAUCCUGCCGCCUAAGAGUAAAGGAACUGUUACUUAUAUUGCACCUGCUGGAAAUUACACAGUUGAUGAUGUAAUCCUUGAAACCGAGUUCGACGGUGAACGCAACAAAUACACUAUGCUUCAAGUAUGGCCCGUACGUCAGCCCCGACCUGUCACCGAGAAACUGCCCGCAAAUCACCCACUUCUAACAGGUCAACGUGUCCUGGACUCUCUGUUUCCCUGUGUACAAGGUGGAACCACUGCAAUCCCCGGCGCUUUUGGUUGUGGAAAGACUGUCAUUUCCCAGGCCCUCUCCAAGUACUCCAACUCAGAUGUCAUCAUCUACGUCGGCUGUGGUGAGCGUGGUAACGAAAUGUCUGAGGUACUUCGUGACUUCCCGGAGUUGACUGUGGAGAUUGAGGGAGUCACUGAGUCCAUUAUGAAACGUACCGCUCUGGUAGCCAAUACAUCUAACAUGCCUGUGGCCGCUCGUGAAGCUUCCAUCUACACUGGUAUCACACUAUCCGAGUACUUCAGGGACAUGGGUUACAAUGUCUCCAUGAUGGCUGACUCAACUUCGCGUUGGGCUGAGGCUCUUCGUGAGAUCUCUGGACGUCUCGCUGAAAUGCCUGCGGACUCUGGAUAUCCUGCUUAUCUUGGUGCCAGGCUGGCCAGCUUCUACGAACGUGCGGGAAGAGUCAAAUGUCUUGGUAAUCCAGACCGUGAAGGAUCUGUCAGUAUUGUUGGCGCCGUAUCACCUCCUGGUGGUGACUUCUCCGAUCCUGUCACAAGUGCCACACUUGGUAUUGUUCAGGUGUUCUGGGGUUUGGACAAGAAACUCGCCCAACGUAAGCACUUCCCGUCCAUCAACUGGUUGAUCUCCUACAGUAAGUAUUUACGUGCACUGGAUGACUUCUACGACAAGAACUUCCAGGAAUUCGUGCCACUGCGUACCAAAGUUAAAGAGAUCCUCCAGGAGGAGGAGGACCUCUCUGAAAUUGUACAAUUGGUUGGUAAAGCCUCGCUAGCGGAGACCGAUAAGAUUACACUCGAGGUUGCUAAGCUGUUGAAGGAUGACUUCUUGCAACAAAACAGUUAUUCGCCCUACGAUCGUUUCUGUCCAUUCUACAAAACUGUGGGCAUGCUGCGAAAUAUGAUUGCCUUCUACGACAUGGCAAGACAUGCAGUUGAAUCCACAGCACAGUCUGACAACAAAAUCACUUGGAACGUCAUCCGUGACAGCAUGGGAAAUAUCCUGUACCAACUCAGCUCUAUGAAAUUCAAGGAUCCAGUGAAAGAUGGUGAACAAAAAAUAAGAUCCGACUUCGAUCAGCUACAUGAAGAUAUUCAACAAGCAUUCAGGAAUUUGGAGGAUUAAACAAAUAAAUGAUAAAAAUUAUUUUCCGCACAGAGCCCCUUAAUCGAUCGAUUGUUCGAGGAUGCCGGGUGCAUAGGGGUGUUCCAAACCCCAAGCAAAAAUGAACGAGGUAUUAAUCAUUGAAUGACAUAAAACACGUUAUUUCUCCCCCGCUCUCGGUGCAGUCUUCAUUUCUUAAAUUCCUUUAGUGAACUUACCGACAUAUUCCAAGUAUUUGUUGGCCUAACCCUCGGAAUUUCCACAGAAAUUGUAAAUAUCACCAAUUAUCGAUUGAUUCAGUAGUGAAGUAAAUUGUGAUGAGUCGAUUUCUAUCUUCUCGUUUAAUAUUAAAUCAUCAAUAAGAAUGAUUUAGGAAAAGAAUGUGGAAAAAACUAGUUUUCACUGAAAAUUUUCUCAUCUACGCGUUUUUGCCUUCUAAAGUCACUCUUAUUCGAGAUGAAUGCACAGUUAAAAUGAAAUUAAUUAAAUUUGACUAAUUAACUUCUACCAUUUCACUACAGGAUUAACAAUCCGAAAAUUGCGUAUAAAAAAUUUGCAGUAAUUCAUUUUAUCGCGAGUGCCAACUCAACGUUUUUUGAUCGAGACAAUAAAGGUGGAGCGCCCCUGAGCCCCUGCGGAAUUUUAAAUAAAAAAAAGUAAAGAAAAUGUGUUUCCGAUCAUUGUAAACUAUUCCUUGUUUAGCCGUGAUUUUUGAUUUUUUAAACCUCAGUUUUAGUCCCAAAAAUAUGGGAAUUUAUUGUCUGUGCCGGUCCAAUGAAAAAAUAAUUUCCAUGAGUGCUUUUUUGCACGUUUUAGAAUGAACAAGAACAAAUUUAAAAAACUGGAAUUCUAUUUCAUGUACAAUAUUGAUGAAAAAUAUCUUUGGGAGAGUUUAACUGUCGUUCUAUUUUGAAUUGAAAGUAAUUUUAUUCCGAAAAUGUCUAUUAACAAUAAUAAAUGAGUAAAAAAUACACACUUUGCCUUCAAUGUGUCAAGUGAAUGGAAUAAAAUGAGAUAAAACAGUCUAGUACUGAUGUGAACGGCAGCUUUUCCAUGGAGAAUGAGGAAUAUCAAUUAAUUGAAAAUCAUCAAGUAUUAGUUAUUGUACCAUAUUAUAUGUUAACGUGAUAGAAGUUUAAUGAAAGAGUACAUAUAAGCGUUGAAUAGAUUUAAAGUGAAAUUAUGUUAACGUUGAUACGUUAAAAAAAUGCAAAAAUGGAGUUAAUAAAAUUCUGAUGAACGUUUUGAGACGUUUGUGCGUGUGUUGGCUUGACAAUGGGUUGCUGAGUCCUAAAAUGAGUGGGAGAUUGAUGGAAGGUAAUGAGUCUAAUAAAUUUUCCGAUUAUUUUAUAAAUAUAUUUGGAAUUGAGAGGUUUAGAAAAAAAAUUAAGACGUUUUUCGUGAGAAAAUUUCUCAUCAAUGAAAAAGAUUAUUUAACUUUCUUCUGAAUCUAUCACUUCCUGACAGAUUUGUAAACCAAUCCAUAAGAAAUUUUCAAAGGCUUGUUUCCUUUAUCCCUCCACUCGACAAAUCUCACAAUGCGAAUUGAAACAAAAACGAUAAAUGAAUUUCCUCGGUUGUCCACUGUUUCGAACAGCUCCAGUAUCAUUUCCAUUGUACGAUAUGUAAAAACAAAGAAAAUAAAAUGCAAAUUAUGCACAAAAUUCCAGUGA